GAAGUACUGUCAGUUCAUAUCGGCCAAGGCGGUGUCCAAAUGGGGAACGCUUGCUGGGAAUUAUAUUGUCUGGAACAUGGCAUACAACCUGAUGGUAUGCUUCCAGCACAAAGCUGCACUAACGAUGACGGCUUUCAAACUUUCUUCAGUGAAACUGGCGGUGGAAAAUAUGUUCCCCGAGCCGUAUUUCUGGACCUUGAACCCACAGUUAUAGACGAAGUUCGAACAGGAACCUAUCAUCAACUAUUCCACCCUGAACAAUUAAUUUCCGGCAAAGAAGACGCGGCAAAUAAUUACGCUCGAGGUCACUACACUCUAGGCAAAGAAAUAAUUGACCUAGUUCUUGACAGGAUUCGCAAGAUUGCCGAUAUGUGUACCGGUCUUCAAGGUUUCCUUAUCUUCCAUGCGUUCGGCGGUGGUACUGGUUCAGGAUUCACUAGCCUACUAAUGGAACGUCUCUCUAUGGACUAUGGCAAAAAAGCCAAGCUAGAAUUUGCUAUUUAUCCUUCUCCGCAAAUUUCUACCGCGGUGGUAGAACCUUACAACGCCAUCUUAACUACGCAUACGACACUAGAACAUUCAGACUGCGCGUUCCUCGUAGAUAACGAGGCGAUCUACGAUAUUUGUAGGAGAAACUUAGACAUAGAACGGCCCACUUAUACGAAUUUGAACAGGUUAAUCGGGCAGAUAGUGUCGUCCAUCACUGCUUCUUUAAGAUUCGAUGGAGCGUUAAAUGUGGAUUUAACGGAAUUUCAAACGAAUUUGGUUCCAUAUCCAAGGAUUCAUUUUCCAUUGGCUACUUAUGCACCGAUUGUAUCGAUCGAGAAAGCCUAUCACGAGCAACUGACUGUGAUGGAGCUGACAUCGUCUUGUUUUGAACCUGCAAUGCAAAUGGUGAAAUGUAACCCGCAAAGAGGAAAAUAUAUGGCAUGCUGUUUGUUAUACAGAGGGGACGUGGUACCUAAAGAUGUUAAUGCAUCUAUUGCGACUAUUAAAACGAAGAGGGCGAUACAGUUCGUCGAUUGGUGUCCCACUGGAUUUAAGGUAGGUAUUAAUUACCAACCACCAACUGUAGUACCUGGAGGCGAUCUUGCUAAAGUACAACGAGCAAUGGCAAUGCUUGCGAACACUACUGCAAUCGCUGAAGCGUGGACGAGACUAAACAGGAAAUUUGAUCUGAUGUUUGGAAAACGUGCUUUUGUUCAUUGGUACAUCACUGAAAGUAUGGAUGAAAGCGAAUUUAAUGAAGCGAGAGAAGAUCUGGCUGCCUUGGAAAAAGAUUAUGAAGAAGUUGGUAUGGAUUCGACAGACGCUGGCGAGGGGGAGGGACAGGGUGACAUCUUUUCAUCUUUUUUCUUUCCAAACUGCGACGUAACGGACAGUACACUCGGUGUAAGAUGAUAUGAAAACGCGCAUGCGCGCCCUCGCACUUUGACUCGUUUCCAUUUCCAAUAGGAUACGCUGCAAAUUGCUUUCUGUGCGUAUCUCGCCGAGCAGUACAAAAAACUCAUGAUAGUAUUAAUAAUAAUUAUGAUAA